UGACCUAUAGCGCGCCUGCUCUGCCUGUGUAAGACACGGCGGUGUCAGCAGUCUUGGGAGAGUUAUCAGAUGGCGGAGCAUCCCACUUUUAUUUCAGGCGGGAGGAGGGAAUAAGGCGAGAGAAUGGUGCCAGGCUGGGGUCGCCUGGCCGAUGACAACAUAGGUCCUCCCCACAGCUGGGGGUGAUCGCCGCCCACACUGUGACCUUCAGCGUGCAGCGAAGGGCGCCAUUGUGAAAGCGAAAGUAAGAAUGAAGCUGGCAUCCUCAGUUUCCUGCAGGCUACACAGUAGAGUGGCUGGGACGGGCGUGCCCAAGACGGCCACCAAGACCCUUCCCCCUCAGCCCUCGCGCUCCCCGGCCCCGGCGCUCACGUCAGACAGACACAGUGGUGGCUCGUAUCGAGAGGAGGAAGGUGCGUGCCGCUCCUCCGCCCAUCAUCACUGACUGUCUUUUGUUGAUGCUGAACUCCACAAGACACAUCCGGAAUAAGGCAAACAAGAGAACAAGCCAACAACCUGAUCAUUGGAGGGACAAUUCCACUUUGAAAAACCUAAAAAGGCUAACACUAAAGAAAGAAAAAAUCAAGUAACAAAGCGAGACAAAAGGCUAAACAAGGCUGCAUAAGGCGGAUCGCUGCUCAACACGCCAGCAGGAAGAGGAAGAGGAGAGGAGAGGAGAGGAGAGGAGAGCGGUGGUGGAAGUGUUCCCAAUGAACUAACUAACAAACAGUUGUGGUGAGAGCGUUCGUCAGAAUGGCUAAGUGCCUGAGGAUACUCCGCCUGGUGUACGCCGCCUUCAAGAAGUACUGGAUCUUUAUUGUGUGGACAACGGCCUGCAGCUUCGCAUUCUACGCAGACUACAUGCACUACAAAAGACAGCCACAGUACUUUUAUCUCCGCCGCAUGCUAGGGGUGGGUCUGUGCAUCUCCAGAGGGUCGGCUGCUGUACUGAACCUGUCCUGUUGCUGCCUGGUGGUGCCUAUGUGCCGUGCCCUCACCACCAGCCUGGUACGUCUCACUCACUGUUACACGGGCUGGACCUGCCUGGCCUCCCUCACUUACCCACUCACCCACACCGCCAAGACCACUCACGUCAUGAUCGCCGUCACUGUUAUUCUAAGCUCAGUGGUGCACUCGGCCGCCCACAUGUCCAAUGCUUUCAAUUUCUCCCGCCACUUCAGCAGACGCUACCCGGAACUCAAUGUGGCAGCCUUCAAAGAUCAGAAUCCGAUUCAACUCUUUAUCACAACAGUUCCAGGUCUAACAGGGUUGGCCAUGCUACUAAUCCUGGUGGUGGUGGGGGUGAGCUCCACUCGCUGGGUCAGGCAGAGGCAUUACAACUUCUUCUAUUACACUCACUACCUUGGCUUUGUUUUCUUAGUCCUCCUCCUCAUUCAUCCCCUCAGUGGUGUUCUCAAGGAGCAGAAGAAUAUUGAGAGUCACAUCCCUGGCUGCUGGAUCUCAGACGGAUCACUGGAGGAGGAAGCAGGAUUUCCUGAACCCAGCAGUAAUGAAGCCCAGCCUCUGGUGCAAAGCCCAGCCCUCCAGGGUAUUGCAAGGCAGGACAGUACACCAGCCAAGCAUGCUGAACCAGAAGAAAAGUACAGCUUCCUAGACUCUGAAAUCAUUGACAGCUACCCAGAGCCUGAGGAGUACAGUUUCCCAGAGCCUGAGGAGUAUGGCUUCCCAGAACCCAGCUAUGAAGAAAGUUAUGGGUUUGCAGAGCCUCUGCCAAGAGUGGAUUUUUCAGAGUACAGCAGUGGCUAUGGAGACACGGGCCUCACCUUGCCACAAAACAGAGUGAUAUUUGGGAACCAGGGGCCAGCAGUGUCAUCCAACAUCUUAGACAAAGAUCAGAGAUUUGAGACACCAGCGAGAACAUGGAUGAAGAAAUUCUAUAUAAAGAGAAAGAUUUGCCAUCACUUGCCAAAGUUUGGAUCUGUACAUUCAGUGACAUGGGUGUGGAUGACGGUUGCACUGGUAGCCUGGCUAGUGGACUGGCUGGUGCGGUGGUGGCAGCGCAGAAAGGAAGCUACUGUGGUAGAGGUGGAGUUUCAUCCUUGUAGUGUGGUUCAAAUCACCCUCAGAAAACCUGGUUUCUCCUGCUCUCCUGGCCAGUAUGUGUUGGUGCAGUGCCCACAAGUGUCCAGGUUUGAGUGGCAUCCCUUCACUGUGACAUGUCCACCAAGCCACCACUCCCCCGACACAUUCACCAUCUUUAUGCAGGCACGGGGGGACUGGAGCCACAAUCUGGCCUCCAUACUGCACCCAAAUAUGAACACUGUUCCUAGGAUAGUCGGUGUAUUCAGCAGUGAUGUGAAAAGUACAAAACAGGACCAAAAAAUUUUUUCCAGUUCACUAAGGCAUUCUAGUCAUUCAUUAUGCAACCACCUAAACUUGCCAUCAUCAUCAUCAUCAGACCAUCAUCAUUCCUCACUAAUGUUUAAGCCUAUUGAUGGAUGUCCAACCACAGACUCAUCACUAGAAACCAGGAGGGAAAUUGCACACAAAUCACCUUCACAUGACAAGUGGAGGAGUUGUGACAGCACAGAUUUGAGUGAAAGAAUGCCUUGCCAUGACUCCAUCCCACACAAAGGUUUGGGGAGCCAGAGUGCUGACGCCCAUCUCUUCCACUCUGCUCCCUCCUCACUUUGUAACCACUCGGCACUGCAAGCCGGAAAGAGGGAAGCAAUGUCUGGUCUGUCAGGAUCUCAGGAAUGUUGUAACAAGAAUUCCAUCACCUUGCAUACACAUCCUGAUCACUAUAGAUUGAAAUCAGAACCAAACAUUCACAAUCCACGUAAUGUAAACAUCAGAGAGAAUAUCAAAGAAAAGCAUACAUUGAAAGCACACAGCAGCUCAAACUCGGAGAAUGAUGUGUACAUCUGCCCCACCCUGAACUGUAAGCGUUACAUUGGUAGAAGUGUUCAAGAUGAAGGGACAGAUUCAGCCAAUGACAGGAAGACCAUCAUUCAUAUCCCUCAAACUCCAGAUGUAAGAUUGUAUGUGGACGGCCCAUUUAGCUCACCAAGUGAAGGAAUGCUGCACUACCCGGUGGUGGUGGGCGCUGCUGGAGGCAUGGGCAUCACUCCACUGGCUGCCACACUCACUCACAUAUUAUGCUGCCAUCCACUGUGGCCGAGGAGAAUACACGUGGUGUGGGCAGUGCGGGACGCCAGACUCCUGCACACCUUUGCCCCGCUGCUGUCAGGUCUGCUGCAGCUGUGCUGGGAGACACAAGCAGAGGACCGGGCCGAGCUGAGCCUACAUCUCACCACUCCUACAUCACCACAGCUCCUUCAGGACCUGUUUGCAUCAGACCAUCCUGCCCUCCUUCCUCGCAUCAGACAAGGGAGGCCUCAGUGGAAGCACCUCUUCCAGGAAUGGCAGUCCUUAUAUGCAGGGAAGGUGGUGGGAGUGUUCGCCUGUGGGCCACGAAAGCUCCGCCAGCAGGUGAAAAGACGGUGUGUGGCAGCUGUGUCUCGGGGAGCAGCCUUCCACUACCACCAAGAGUCCUUCUCGUGAUGAUACAAGCAGGAUAACACCUUUCUUCUUAACACUUUUAAGAAAUAGCCGAUACAGCAUCACAGUCUCUGAAGACGCAUGGCGGCGCUGUAACACAACAGUGGUAAACCAGAUAAUCCAAUGAGAACAUGUAAUGCAAAAAAAACAUACUAUAUAUUAUGCUAACCUACAAAGAACAUUUUACUUAUGUUUUGUUCUUGAUUCAAACAAAAAAGUCUUUGCAGGAUGGGCUCAGUCAUAUAAUUAAUUAUUAGUCUCAAGGCAAGCCUGAACACAAACCCAGGCUGGUACAGCAGUGAACACCUGUCCCCAUAUCCCUAUUGCAUCCACACAUCACUAUUCACUUAGCUGCUAUGUUACUAGGGCUGGCGGAAGCUCCCUUCCCUACAAAUAAAACAUAAAUUCCUUCUGUUAUACUUAAAUCAUUCACUCCCUCUCUCAUUCUUUUCAUGUUCUGCUAUAUUUCUACAUAACCAUUAUACUUGAGCAACAUGUAAGUUGCUCUUUUCAACACUAGUGUCCUAACCUAACUUUGAAUUUUCAUUCCCUUCUAUUUUCCUUUCCUCAUACCUCACUCAACAGUGGCCACACUGGAACAGCUUUCUUUCUUUGAUUGUUCAAGUUCUUGCCUCUCUUAGUAUAUUUCUUUCUAAAUGACUUUUUUUCCCCUCUAUCUAUGGAUGGCACUACAUCUUUCACUAAUUCUAUCACACAAUAUUGAAACACUUCCAAGUUCUCACAUUUCCUAUCUUGUUCAUCUGUGGUCUCUCUCUAAAAAAAAAGUUUCCACAAGACUUUGAUUGCUGAACCCAUUCCAUUUUUAUUCUCUGAUUUGUAAGUUAACAUUAGGUGGAUAGUGCUACUCUGUCUUUCAUCCAUGUAUACUUUCCUGCUCUCCUCUUCCACUCCUUUGUUACUUAUUAUUAUUUUUUUUUCCUUUGAAUUUUAUUCUUUUAUUCCACUCUGUUCUUGGAUGCUCCACAUAGCUACACAAAGGAGCUUGUUGUGUAAAAGAAUAAUAAAGAAGUAUAGAAAGA